UUGAAGAACCAGCUUUUCACCAUAGGCAUCUAAGAAAGGGCUCAUUGCCUAACAAAAGGACAAACCUCAUCCUCAUCUUUGCGACAGCCCAUUUAGGUUAUUUUAUUUACUCACGAAGGUCAUGGCUACUAGCAUGGAAGGUGCCUCGGUGGCUGAGUCGUUAGAGUGCCAGCGCAUCGCGAUGACACAGAAGCCUCUCACCAAUGUGGCUGGCUUCCACUCUCUUCAUACAUGGGAAGGUCUACCAGCAACCUGUGGAUGGUUCUCCCUUUGGACAGCCAGUCAGAUAUUCUUUGUGUAUGACCACACAACUCUGCAGAAAGAAGAAGAUGAUCUCAAAGAUGCCAUUGUUUAUUUUUCCCCACCCAGUGUGGACGAUGAUGACCAGUGUGCUCUGUGCGGUCAGCUUAUGGGGAUGGUCAGUUUCUUCCAGGCCACCUGGGGAGCUAAGCCACACUUCUACCACCUGACCAAUCAGAAGUUUGUACUGAUUCACGUGGAGGAGAGGUACACACUGGCAUUAGGGACUGAAAACUCAGUAUCAGACCACUGUUUGGAACAACAACUUCAGCUCCUGUACGACACAUUUACAAUGUACAUGGGCAGCCUGGGGACUAUUAGACAGGAUUGCGAAUGUAAAGGCACCUCAUUCUCUGACGCUCUUCAGUCAGUCUGGGAAUGCUUCCUGCCGUUCUGUUGUGCUUACGGUGAUGAUGUCCGCAGGGGGUUCUUCAGUCUCCCUACGGUGGAGUUGCCUAAGAGUGGAGCUGACAUUUUCCUCCAGGCCUCGUCGAUGUUACAAGCUAGUAAGAGAAGACCUGGCGUGCUAGGGGGUGCUGUCUUGUCAUCAAAUGGGAUUCUCUGUACUCAGUUGUCAGAAGAAUUGACCAGCAGGUUUCUAGUGAUCAAACCCCAGCAGAAUCAUUUACCAUGUCAACAGGUGCAAACAGAUUUUGAUUUGCCAGCUGGAGUUCGGAUCAUCAGUGUUAUGAUCAGCGAGUCAGAAUAUUCCAAAUUGGUUCAGCGCCAAAGACCUAUAAUCAGACACACUUGUAUGUCCAGAUUUAGGCCCACCCCAAAGUCACAUGACCCUCCCUCUUACAUGACCCUCUCCUUUGCCAAUGAGGCAUCUGCUGUCCAAUCAGACUCUAGAACAAAACAAACUGUACAGAUGAGAAAUGCAAAUGACUUCCUCCUCCAAAUUGAUCAAGGAAUGUGUUUGAGAUCAGUUAACAGCUUGGACUGUCAGAAUGCUGUCUCUGUGAAUACAGAAAAGUCAAAACAAGGACAGCUGGGAUUGGCUGAGCCUCAUUCUGGUCUCCAUGGAAACACAGAUCAGGACUCAUUCUCAAAAGGUGACACUAUUGGUCAAAAUGUUGGUGGUGAUGCUUUAUCAGUAUGGGCUCAUUCUUGCGAUACAGAAGAGGAAAAUUCUGACAAUGAAGGCAAUAUGCAGACAAGUGAGACAGUUAGUCAUUUGAUUUAUGCAGAUGUUCACGCCGAUUCUAGCACAUGUAUGUCAAACCAAAACUCUGUGAGAAGUGAUGACUUGAAUGUGGCACACAGUGAAGCAGUAGAUAGCCAUCUUGUUUCUGUUCAGUCUGAGAAUAAUGCCAAAGGUGAAUCAAGCUCAGAGGAAAUUGACAGAAAAAUAAAAAUGUCCCAAAAUAUUCCUGCCACGGAUGCCUUUGACAAAAGAAAAGAAUCAUCUGCAGAAAUUUCUUUCUCAAGUACAAAUGACGAAAAACCAGAAAUAUCCAAAGAAAUGUCGGGUUUGGGUGAACAUGACAAAAAAUUAGAAACGUCUGUGUCUCAAGAAAUUGGCUGGGGAGAAAGUCAUAAAAAAUUACAAACAUCUCAAGAAAUUUCUGUCACAGAUACAAAUGACAAAAAAACGGAAAUGUCUCCAGAAAUUUCAUAUACUGCUGGAAAUGAUAAAAAACUGGAAAUAUCCCAAGAAAUUUUUGAUGGCGUUGAAAGCUGUCCCCAACACAAAGUAGAGGAUGAAAGUAUUGUGCACAGUGAUACAGCAAAACAAGAUGACAAAGUAGUGCAACAUGAGGAAUCUCAUUGUGAAGGUUUAACUGUUUCUAAUGGCUCCAUUUGUGAAAACAAGAGUAGUAGUGUGGCAGAAUGUUGUGAUUCUCUUAUUGGAAAGGAAGUGAUGAAGCACAUUUCUUCAGAUAAAACUGCAUACUCUCCUAAUGUGGCCAUGUCACAUGGUACAAACUCAAUGGACAAGACCGAAGCUGUUGAGGAUAGUCCAAAAGUGCAAGAGGAGCGUACAGAAGAAAAUGUCUUAUCAUUUCACACAAAUAAUUCUGGGGAUUCUGCAAUUUGUAUUUCUGGCGAUCAGUUCCAGGAUGAAAUGACUGAAGAUGUUCAUGUAAAGGAGAUAACUGUUGAAAACAUUGCAUGGGAGGAAAAAUCUGAUGGAGGCGCUACUGGUUUCCAUGGCGAAGGUUGCCAUGGAGACGGAAGCCUUCCCAAUGCCAGUUCAUCUGACACAUCCAUGCAAUUAGACGAAGGAAGAGACACCUUUGUGUUUUCAAAUAGUUCAUCACAAAAAGUCACUUCUGACAGUUCAGAAAGAUUUUCAAGCCAAAUGCUGGCCAGUGAAUUGAAGGAAAACCGGGUUUUGUCAUUUGAUCUUGCAGUAGGUCAAGAUUCACAGGAACUUCCUGAAAAUGUUAAAAAAACAAAAGUGGAUCAAGAUUCGUUAGCUGGGAUGUCACAAGCUACCAAAAACGGACUUUCUGGUGCAAGAGCUGACAGAAGUGGUGCCAAGAAUUUGACCUUGUACAUCCAGGGUUAUUCGGACUCCAUGAUGAUUUUGCUGCUGGAGGAAGAAGCUAGGAGGGACAAGGAAACCAUUCGGGCUUUGUGGAAAUUUGCCCUACCACAGCUGGGAGAUCUGGAUUUCAGAGUGAAAGAGCUAGUGGAGAUGGAAUCCCGACAGCCGGCCCUGGAAGACUACCAUUUUCUCAUGUUCAAUGACUUUCAAAGACAAGUUUCAGGAAAUGUGACAAAACCUGUGACUCAUGGAGAGUUUGAGUUUUGUGAUCUGGCAAUAGAUCUGCACGAGGAAUUCAACAAAUCUGCUUCUUUAUCAGAAUUUUCUGCCAGGACUCAUCGAGCCAGUAUUUACGCCCACCGGAGUGUCAAUCACGAAGUCUACUUCCAGUCCACCAACAAGUUCCGUCAACCCGCCGGCCUCCCAAACCCGAAAGACGUGUUGUUUUCCCUCGAUCAAGUGGCUCAGAAGAAAUUGUACAGGAACCACAAUAUUACACUGGUCUAACACAACCGAGGUGCUGUUUUUGUGUAUAUGUUAUGUAUCCCAUAACCGAUUUUCUAGGAAACAUCACACUUUGAAAAAGUUUAAGGUAUUUGAGGUCACAAAUUAUUUUUCUAUCAUAAGAGCUAUUUUUAUCUGCGCUGAGCGAUUUUUAGCCAUAUUAUAGUAAAAUGAGAUAUCAUAUGGGCUGUUUUUAUCUGCUGCGAGCUACUUUUAGCCGUAUGAAAGUAUUUUGGCUAUGGUAUACAUGUAAGUGUCUGUGCGCUUGAGUGUCAGGUAUUUUUAUAGCCAUGUGAAAGUAUUUGGCUACAGUAUAUACACAAGUGAGUAUGUGUGCCUGUUUUCUUAUUAAACUUAAUGAGAAGAUUUUUGCCCACAUUUUCAUACAGUGUAUGAACACUAAGCAUUUCCUGCCUUAGUGUUCAUACACAACAUUAUAUCACCAAUAUAGAAUAUCAAUCAUUGACAAGACAGGAGAUGUUUCGAUCUCUAGGUGUCAAACGAGUUAACAAGCAAGCAAAGUAUAUAAAAGCUAAACUUGUGUUAAAACGAACAAGGACUAAUAAAAAUUACAGGAGAUGUACGCGACUGUUUUUUAAUGCCACACAUAAAUUUUUCACUGAAGUAUAUAGAAUAGCUGGCAAUGACGAGAGGAGAUGUGACUUCUUUCAUUGAAUUUUUUUAACGCAAAGUUUUUCCCUGAAAUAUUUACAGUAGCUGUCAUUUUUGUGAGUGGAGGAAAGUUGUGUGCCCUGGGUAAACCACCAACCUUUGGCAAGUUACAAAAUUUCCCAUGUGUGACACAUGCGACCUGCUUGCCAUAUCAGUGGAAGGCAUGUGGCUUUCAAUGGAGGUUAGAGUGUGGGCAAAGGGCCCAGUGAGUCUCACUAAGGCCGCUCAAACAAUGAGAGCAGGCGAUCUAGAAAUCUUCCAACUCCACAGCAAUUUAGUGGGAUGAAGGUAACUAAACAACACUGAUAACUGCCUGAUACAGUGUGUUUGGGGAGCAAGUUCAAGUCCAGAAAAUGCUCACUUCCUCUCCGGUCGCAUAUGGGAAGGGCAGCCAGUAAUCUGCAGAUGGUCAUAGUUUUCUCAAGGGCUCUACUUGGGAUCCUCUCGCCAUAAUGCUGGACACUGUCGUAUAAGUGAAAUAUUCUUGAGUAUGACCUAACACUCCAAUCAAAUCAGAUAAAACCUAAUUAUCUGAUCAUUUACAUCUUUUUGUGCACCCUGCAGUAAUAUGUUAUACGUACAAUUAUAUUUGCAUGAAUGUUUUGUGGAAAGAUCAGAUUUAAAGAAAGAACAUGCAAAAAUUUGAUAUGGUGUUACACUUUUUUUUUGACUUGGUUAAAUGGUAAAAUGUUUGGGUUAUAUGAUGGCUGGACCAUGUUGAUAAGGUAUGGUACUAAAUUAAUAUAAUAUCUAAAAUCUUAAAAUAAAAAUAAGUUUUUUAAUGAUUUUUCUACUUUAUGAUUACUUCAUAUUUAUGAUUUUUCCCUUUUAAAUUUACAUAUUCACUGUAUAAGGACUUUCAGUUCUUAUUCCUAUUCACAGGACAUUUGUCUUAUGUUAAAUGACAUGGUUUUCAUAUUUGGUGUAUUUGAAGGCAUAAUGUCUGAAGUGGAUGUUUAUUCUACAGAUGACAAAUAAGCACUACUGUAUUUACUGUAAUUUAGAAAUGGCAUACAAGGGAGUACCAAAUAACAUGCAGUUUUAGAGUUACUUUUUAUUUUAUAGUGAUGACAAAAUACAUGUUUGUUACAUUUAAGAAACUCACAGGAUCAUCUUUAUAAAGAGGUGAAAACUAUGGUGAUGAUGUGUGAUAAUUUAAUAAUUUUACUUGUGACCCAAGUCCAUAUGAAGAAAAUUUAAUUUCGCUUGAAGCUCCAGCAAACAUAUAUGCUGUUAUUUGUGCAUUUAUUUAUCUGAUUAUUAACAAAGUACCAUUUUGGUACUGAAGAAUGGGUGCAGGGAAGUGGAUAUCUGGACCACAUUGAUGUACAAACCCGGUUGUCCAUUGAGCAAGGAGUUAACUAGGUUGAAUCCUGAGCUAUUGCUAGUUUGGUUGCAUUUUUAAAGGCAAAGAAAACACAAAAAAAAACAACUAUAUGUCAAGCGAAAGACCACUUAAAACUGUCCAAGAAAAUAGUUCGAUUUAUUUUUUUAGAAGUAAAAUGGUUUAAAAGGAUGACAUCUACAGUAGUCUGUAGUGAACCAGAGGGUACCAGUGAUUUCACACCCAUAUUUUGCUUGGACGAAUGUAUUCAUAAAUCUAUAUGUAAAUGCAGUUUCAGUUUCAGAAGUCUGUGUGUUAAGUGGCAAAAAGCUGAUGUGACGUCACUGGUUCCAGCAUUGUCAGAAGUGCCACCUUAGAAUCCAGACUUACAAAUGCACUUAACUAGGCUGAUAAAUUUCCCGAAAAAAUAACUGUUUUUAUAGACUAUGUUUACAAUGGUUUUUCAUCUGGCAUAUACUUCAUGUUAGUGUUUUCUUUCGUUAAGUCAUGAGGAUUAUCAGGUACUUGACAAAGGUCAGCAGUUUACUCAGCUACAUGUAGAUUCAUUUUCCCUCACAUACAUGUAUGUUACUCCCACACAUGCAUGUAUUUUACUCCCAAAUAUACCGGUAUUUUACUCAUGACUGUGAAUUUACCAUGGCUACAUGUAUAUGUCCCAAACCCAGACAUAUGUAUUGUAAUGGAUUCAGUUUUUGAGCAUUUUGAUGAGAGAAUCAGAGGUAGUGCUGUUCCAUUUUGUGUUCAAGCCGGAAAAAUCUCACUGAAGUCAACUGUGGGCGCCAGUUAAUGAACUUGGUUGUUUAGUAGAUAAGAGGUAACACAUUUUCAAAACACAAAUAUGCGAAGUGAAAGUCAACUUUGCUUUCCAAAAGCAGGACGCAAGAAUUUGAAUGGACAAACAGCAGAUGGAUUAGAAUUGUUGAUUAUUUUUAUUGAUUAUUAUUAUUUUUUUUACAUCAGAUCUAGUCUUAAUGUGACAAGUGAAGGAAGUGUCAAUGGAGCGAUUGGGCGUACACGCUGGAAAACAUUUUUCUGUGCAAUUGAAAAUUGUCUUCAGAAUCUGUGAAGUGGAAAAGUUAAAUUUUUACCCGUGGUGAAUGUUGUUCUCUUCUAUCCAGAAGGAGUUUAGUGUUCACGUUGUUCAUCUGUCUCUUUAAAUCUAAUUCUACCAAUAGGUGCUUACAGUAUGAUUGAAUAGGUUAAAUUCUUGCAUGAUUAUUUCACAAUUUUAUUUCAAAAUAAAUAUUUUUCGUGUGACAGUUAUGCCUCAGAGCAAUAAAACUGUACAAAAAAUGUGUUGAGCUUUGUGCUUUUAAUAUAGAAUUUUGCUGCCGCAGAAAUAAAUCUGUGUUUGUUGACUGAGCUUUGGUGUCACUGGCAUAAUAAAAACAUUCAAGACCUUACAUCCUGUGUCAUUACCGUUUUCUUGUAAUUG